AUGAACGGCGAUAAACGUGCAAGUGGCCGACAGGAGACAGCCUUACCAGAAGAUAACUCAAGAAACAAGGAUUUCAAGAACACACCUUGUGAACACUUGAUAACAGCUGGCAAUGCAUCAUUAUACUCCUGGUAUGAAAGGAAACUAGUGUCUACCGGGACCUUGCGACACAAUUUAAUAAGACGUUGUAAACGAAUAAUAACUCUCAACAUACGAUUUAGAGACGAGAAGCGAGAGAACCACUCAAUCGGCUCUCCUGUAGUUUCAACAACACAAGACACAGGACCUGUGACCUCAGGCAACUGGUCUGAGGGAAUCAAAUUAACUUCUGACGACCAACUCUCACCGAACUGGUGGAGGAAGGUAGGACCUUUCCAAUAA